AUGCCGAUCACUCAAACAGGACAUCCCGGGCAGGACCAUUCGCGUGAUCCUUGCCCAUGGGUAAUCCUCAAUGACUUCGGUGGCGCCUUUGCUAUGGGCUGUAUUGGUGGAUCUAUCUGGCAUGGUAUCAAGGGUGCGCGUAACUCGCCGCGCGGUGAGCGUUUCCUCGGAUCAGUAUCUGCUAUAAAAGCGCGCGCUCCAGUCCUGGGCGGUAACUUUGGUGUCUGGGGCGGUCUUUUUACGACCUUCGAUUGCACAGUCAAGUCUGUUCGCCAAAAGGAAGACCCGUGGAAUGCCAUUAUUGCUGGUUUCUUUACUGGUUCUAGUUUGGCAAUUCGCGGCGGUCCGAAAACUGCAUUCGGUGCUGGUGUUAUGUGUGGUAUUCUUCUUGGUGUCUUUGAAGGUGUUGGUGUGCUGAUGCAGCGCCUUCUUGCAGAGGGCAACAAGCCUGUUGCGCCCAUUAUUCCUGAUACUCCGGGAGCGCCAGCUGGUGGCCCUGGUAUCUCUAAAUAA